AUGACCCCGGCCCAUCUCAUGGCGCGCCUACCGCCACUUUUCGUCCUAUCUGGCUUCCUCAAUUUCGCUACUGGCCAUGUACUACCACAACCGACGAAGACAGUCGACUUUCAUGAAAUCAAUGCACUGUCGUAUCCUUUCGCUGCGACGGCUGCGCCCGACGACUCUUUUCUGCAGCGUCGACAAUUCAAUACUGUCUGUGGUUACAUAGGAGGAGAUCCCGGACUACCAGCAACUUGUUCCGCAGGCUCGCAUUGUGUGGUGGACGCUGACCAUGGCGCUGUGGGAUGUUGUCCUAAUGCAGGAUCUUGCACGCAGGGCGUGUUCACAAACUGUGUAGAUGCCGACAGCGGACCGCAAACAGAGGUGAAUCCAUACGUCUUCACCUGUAAGGGAAGCAACUCGUGCUACAAAAAUAGCUUCGAUGGGGGUUUCUUCCAAUAUGGGUGUGGUUCAACGUCUGGUUUGGCUACCAAGGUGGUGCCCACGGCUUCGGGCAAAAGUGCUAUCCAACUCUCCAGCAUAAAUGCGCCACUUACAGCUUCGGCGACUUCACUUGCUGAACCGACGACAUUGGGAACAAGGAGAAAAACAACGUCGGAUUCUUCCACAAACACGAAGUCUUCCACAAAUACAAAAUCAUCAACAACGAAGACCACGGAAACGUCUUCAACAGAAUCAAAUACAGACUCAACAACAGAGUCAACAGCAGAAUCAACGACGCAAUCCGAAACUUCAUCAACAGAGUCAGAAACCUCAACGGCAUCAGAGACCGAAACCGAUACCGAAACAGCGAGCGCAACUUCUGGCACCGCAGACCCCUCGUCCACUGACUCCGAUGGCUCUGCCUCAUCUGCAGCCUCAGCGCCCGACACUAAUGGCGAUGAUAAUAAACAGAACACGGGCGCUAUUAUCGGCGGAACCAUCAGCGGCGUUGCAGCUCUCGUAGCACUCGUUGUUCUCGGAAUUUGGCUCUGGAAGCGCAAGAAGGGAAAUACGCGCCAGGGGCCAGGCGUGAAACCCCAGGUGCAGCACAUCGGCCCGCCGUUGGAUAAUAAUCACAAUUUUGCUCCAGUGCCCCCUAUGCGCGAGACUGAUAAAGUGCCCCCACCCCCACCGGUUCCUGUUACCAACCAGCGGACUUUAGAUCCGGCGGUUGGCCACGACGGACCUUAUUCGGAGCCUUGGGAUCCUUCAGCGAGCUACGGCUACGGCCACUCGGCGUCGGCGGUCGGGGGAGGCGCGCAAAUGGAGCAUGACGAGGUGCCUUUGACGCGAGACGAAGACUUCCAGUAUAAUUCUGGACUCGGACGUAUCAGCGAAGAGGCACCAAGGCCCGGAACAGCUAUCAGCACGCCAGGUCAAUCAAGUCAAGUGUAUCCCGGCCCUCGGGGCGGAGGCGGAGGACCGUUGUGGCAGCAGAAUCGUGGACCUGGAUGGUUCUAA